CGCGAGGUGGCGAUGACCCCCAGCGAGGCCGACGAGGCCAACAGGGUGCUGCCGCGCGGCUACGCGUACCUGCCCUCAGACCAGCUGCAGCGCGGCGGCGCAGCGGGCGCUGGCGCGGGGCAGCAGCAGCAGCAGCAGCAGCAGCAGCAGCAGCAGCCGGCCAGGCGACAGUCAGGGGCUGGCGGCGGCGGCAGCCGGUCUGGCAAGCGCCGCUGA